AUUGGAUGUAUCAAAGACGUUUAGAACUGAUAUGGAAAUAAAUGAUAAAAUUAAGUUGGGAAAUAUAUUUGGUCAAUAUGAUCCUGGUUAUCUAGUUUUUAUUUCAGGUGGAAGUAUUGAAAUAGCAUAUCAUCCAGAUAUGACACAAGUUAACAGUAUUCAAGUGUUUUCCCAAAUGGUUGUAGAUCAAAUUAUGGAUAAAAUAUCUAAAGUUAAGGAUGAAGAUG